AUGUCUGUUAGGCCUGCAGAAACAAAGGCCAUGGAAAGUCAAAAUGUACUUCCAAUCACUAGCUUGCUGCUUUGUGGGAAGCAACUCAGGUAUCUUUGCUACAAUGUCUGGGACCCGGAAUCCGAUCUUUUGCUGACCACAGCUGAGUGGACGGAGUCUGCAAUCUCCCUACCUCAAUCCCCUGCAUCAGCACUAAAUGACCUGAUAGUAGCAAAAACCAUUCACGAUAACCCUCACCUUUUCAAGAUUGUCAGCCCAAUCAAUGUCAAUGUCUUUGAGUCGUACCUAUCGGACUACCCUAACCAGCCCUUUGUCCAAUCAGUUAUUACAGAUCUUUGGGAAGGUUUUUGGCCAUGGGCAGACACUUGUAAAACUGGGUAUCCAACCACCAACAACUGCUCAAAAGCUUUGCCAAAGGAUGAUGGAAAGGCAGCCUUCCUGAGAAAUCAAUUGAAGAUGGAACUGAAGAAAGAGCGCUUCUCACCUUUGUUUGGCAAGGACCUCCUUCCAGCCAUGGCCCACACUCUUUAA